UUGCUUUCACAAUUCAGCCAAGUGUACCACACACACUAAUGAGUAGAAUUAAUAAGAACGUGAUCUUGGCCCUUUUGACAUUGGCGAGUUCUGCCUUCCUGCUGUUUCAGUUGUACUACUACAAACACUACUUGUCGACAAAGAAUGGAGCUGGUUUAUCAAAAUCCAAAGGAAGCAAAACUGGAUUUGAUAGCUCCCAGUGGCGUGCUGUUAAAAAAUUUGUUAAGUUAACAUCCAGUCACAAUGUCCCGGUUUUCCUUAUUGACCCUUUCAUUCUGGAAUUGAUUACUAAAAACAUUGAACAUGUGAAAAAUUCCUCCCAUGGCUCCACUUCAGAAUGCGAGUUUUUCUGUGUUCCCAGAGACUUCACUGCGUUUGGACUGCAGUAUCACCUAUGGAAGAAUGAGGAAGGCUGGUUCCAGGUAGCUGAGAGUAUGGGCUUUCAGUGCCUGAAGAUUGAGAGCAAAGAUCCUCGGCUGGAUGGAAUUGACUCACUCUCUGGAACCGAAAUCCCCCUGCACUACAUCUGCAAGUGGGCCACACAUGCCAUCCAGCUGGUGGUCUUUCACGAGAGAAGUGGCAACUACCUCUGGCAUGGCCAUCUGCGACUGAAAGGACACAUUGACAGGAAAUUUGUUCCUUUUCGAAAGUUACAGUUUGGUCGUUAUCCUGGAGCUCUUGACAGACCAGAAUUACAGCAAGUUACUGUUGAUGGACUAGAAGUUCUCAUUCCAAAAGAUCCAGUGCACUUUCUAGAAGAAAUACCACACUCUCGGUUCAUCGAGUGUAGGUAUCAGGAAGCUCGAGCAUUCUUUCAGCAGUACCUUGAUGAGAACACUGUGGAAGCUAUGACCUUUAGGAAGAAUGCCAAAGACUUACUACAACUAGCAGCCAGGACACUGAAGAACUUAGGAGUACAGUUCUGGCUGAGCAGUGGAACUUGUCUAGGAUGGUAUCGGCAAUGCGACAUUAUUCCUUAUAGUAAAGAUGUUGACCUAGGCAUUUUUAUACAAGAUUACAAAUCUGACAUUAUUUUAGCUUUCCGGGAUGCAGGACUUCCACUCAAACACAAGUUUGGGAAGGUAGAAGACAGCUUGGAACUAUCCUUCCAGGGAAAAGAGGAUAUAAAACUUGACAUUUUUUUCUUCUAUGAAGAGACUGAUCAUAUAUGGAAUGGAGGCACCCAGGCCAAAACGGGGAAAAAAUUUAAGUACUUGUUUCCCAAGUUCACACUCUGUUGGACUGAGUUUGCAGAUAUGAAAGUCCGCGUGCCCUGUGAAACCAUCGAAUACAUCGAAGCCAACUAUGGUAAGACCUGGAGGAUUCCGGUAAAGACUUGGGAUUGGAAGAACUCUCCACCCAAUGUACAGCCUAAUGGAAUCUGGCCUAUUUCCGAGUGGGAUGAGGUCAUCCAGUUAUACUGAGAUACUAAGAAUUUCCAUCUUGAAAUACAGGUGUAUAACUGUUUGAAAAUAUUUGUCAAACAUAAGUUGGAGCCAAAGCAAAAAUUACAUUUGAAGACACAGAGAAUCCUCACUCCCUAGCCAUUUGAUUUAAUGCUUGCAUUCAGUGGUUGGUCAGGAGGUGCCUAGUAAGAUGAUGCUAGGUUAUGGUUGAGAAGCCAAUGUGAGAAAACAGAUGCCUGCCUCUUUUUCCCUCAUUAUGAUAAAAUUUGCAGUUUUCCUUUGAGGGAAAUAUCCCUUCCCUUUGAAGAACUCAAGUAGAAUAUGCUGUGUUCCUUCCAGAGUUUUAC